AUUUCCCACCCUUCGCAUUCUCUCUGUCUUACCUCACUACCAAAGCGCAAAAGGGUUUCUUUGGCUUGCUCGCUCUCUGCAACUUCAACUGAUCAUCCAUGGCCGACCUCUCCAGCUCAGCCUCUCGCCGCCAGCUCUCCGUUACCACUCCGCCCCAGAUCUCCAAAGGUGGACAAGGUUCUGAGAAUCUUAUUCCCCUUUCACCGCAAUGGCUUCUGCCUAAGCCGGGGGAGAGUAAGACAGGAAUGUUAACUGGGGAAAAACCUCCCAGCCCAAAUCCAUCCUUUGGCAGUCGCUUGGAUACCAUGAAAUCAUCAGGUAAUGGUGAUGAAAUUCGUGAUACCCAGAAGAAGGAUGUUUUCAGGCCAUCUUUGAUGGAUAUGGAAGCUGGUGGUCGUCGUGAACGCUGGCGUGAUGAAGAAAGAGACACCAACUCCUCAGGACGCAAAGAUCGUUGGAGGGAUGGGGAUAAAGAAGUUGGUGACACUCGCAGGAUGGAUCGAUGGAUGGAAAAUCCAUCUGCAAAGCACUUUGGAGAAGCACGUCGUGCCCCACUUGAGCGGUGGACUGACUCAAGUAACAAGGAAUCCAAUUAUGAGCAACGGCGAGAGAGCAAAUGGAACACGCGCUGGGGGCCUAAUGACAAGGAGGCAGAAGGUUUGCCUGACAAGUGGGCAGACUCUGGUAGAGAUGGUCUGCAUCUUGAUAAGAGUUUGUCUCAUGUUGGAAAUCAUGUAAAGGAUGAGAAGGAUGGGGAUCACUACCGGCCUUGGAGAUCAAACUCCUCCCAAGCCCGGGGAAGGGGAGAUCCUUCUUAUAACCACACUUUAUCAGCAAACAAGCAUGCUCCUACACAUUCAUCUAAUUGGGGGCGUGGAGAGAUUACACCUCCCAGCUUUUCUCUUGGUCGUGGAAGGGGUGGCUCUGGUGGAGGCUUUAUGAACAGCAGUCCUACUAUUCCUCAGUCUAUAGGAACUGUAUUGGACAAAGUUGAAAGUGAACAUGGAGAGCCUUAUCCAUUAAGGUAUAGUAGGACGAAGCUGCUUGAUGUUUACAGGAAGGCUGAUAUGAAAUCAUAUCAAAAACCAGUUGAUGGGUUUAUAGAAGUGAGCUCUCUUGCGGUGGAUGAACCAUUGGAACCUCUGGCACUUUGUGCACCGAAUUCUGAGGAAAUGGCUCUUUUGAAGGGAAUUGACAAAGGAGAUAUAGUAAGUAGUGGUGCACCCCAGCCUUCUAAAGAUGGAAGGAACCCAAAUGAUUUCACACAGUCAAGAAGACCCAAGCUUGCAGGCAGUAGAGAAGAUUUACCCCUUGCACUUGGUGAUUCUAAAGAUGAAAGCAUUGCUAGGUCAAAAGGUGGUCUUCCGAAUUAUUCAGAGGGUUCUUCUUAUGAAAGGCAGGUGCUUCAUCAUGGAUCCAGCCUAAAAGGAGAAAUAACGCAGGAACAUGAGACAUACUCAGAGAACAAUUUCAGAUCGGAAGCUUUUAGAGGAGACAGUGGUCCUUUCAUAAGGGCUGAGGAGGCACCUGUUAGUGCAGAUUUGAGCAUGCAGGGAGGUGUUACUGCUCAUUCUGGUUCUCCAUGGAGAGCUUCAUCACAAGGUGAACGCUCACAUACAGUCUUGCAUGAUUGGCACGAGAUUCCCGGUGAUAUUAAGUCAAGAACUCCUGAUAUGGGCUGGUCGUUAGGAUCGAAAGAUCUUAAUAACGAAUGGGAAAGUAGGGAUGAGGCAAGAUGGAAAACCAGUGAUGAUCCUGUAACAAGGAGGCAGCGAUCGGGAAUUCUAGAUAGGGAACAAGAAUUGAGACAACCUCAGCAGCUUUCUCCAGAGGAGCUUCAGCUUUAUUAUAAAGAUCCUCAGGGAAUAAUUCAAGGUCCUUUCUCUGGGGCUGACAUUAUUGGCUGGUUUGAGGCUGGAUAUUUUGGCAUAGAUUUGCAAGUUCGCAUAGCAGGUGCAAAAAAUGAUAUGCCAUUUUUGGCACUUGGUGAUGUUAUGCCUCAUUUACGAGCUAAAGCUAGACCACCGCCUGGAUUUACUGCACCUAAACCGGAGGUUGCAGAUACAUCAAGUAGGCCAAACUUUGGUAAUGUUGGGAUGAUUCAAGCUGGUUUAAGUGAGAUAGAGAUAGCAAGAAAUGAUCCAAGGAAUAAACAGGGCUCGACAACAGAAGCUCAGAAUAGGUUUCUGGAGUCACUGAUGUCUGGUAAUCCAAGUGGCUCACCACUUCAUAAGUUUCCUUUUUCGGAAGGUUUACAAGGAUUUAUGGGAAACAAUCCUCACGCUCAUAGUGGAUUGGAUAAUCUGUUGGCCAAGAGAAUGGUUCUUGAACGACAGAGGUCUUUUCCUAAUCCUUAUCAAUAUUGGCCUGGGACGGAUGCUUCAUCUGUGAUACCUAUGUCGGAGAUUGUCCCAGAUGCAAACCCCCUCUCUUCAGUGGCUGAAAAUCCAAGUCAGCCUCCUCAUACCCAAAAUGCUGACCUCAUGUCCAUCCUUCAAGGCUUAACUAACCGGUCAUCAUCUGACAUAAAUAAUAGUGCUGCUGGUCGGUCAACUUUUCCUGUCCAAGGUGGCUCAGAGCCACUCCAGAGUAAUUUUCCUCCCCAAGCCCCACUCCAGAGUAACUUUCCUCCCCAAAUCCCACUUGGGUUCCAACAGCAGAGGCUGCAUCCUCAGAAUCAACAAUCUUUACUCUCUCAAGCUAUUGAUAGUUCAAGUAUUUCAACGCAAGAGAAAUUACUAUCUUCUGGUUUCUUACAUGAUCCACAAGUAUUGAGUAUGUUGCAACAGCAGUAUUUAUUGCAGUUACAUUCCCAGGCGCCUGUUCCAACACAACAAAUGUCAUUGUUGGAUAAUUUAAUGUUGCUCAAGCAGCAGCAACAGAAACAGGAGGAGCAGCAAAUUUUGUUAAGGCAACAACAGCAGCUGCUUUCCCAGGUUAUGCCAGAGCAUCACUCUCAACAGCAUUUUACUGAGCCAUCUUUUGGACAGAUGCAGGCUUCUGUGAUGCUGAAAGGGAUAGAUCCCUCCCGGCUUCAGUCAUCACAAGAAAUGUUUCCAGUUGGUACAAAUGUGCAGGUUCCUAAUACGCAAAAUGAACUUACUAGUAGUUAUAUGACUUUGCCUCCCCAAGGUAACCAAGAUAUCAGUCAUAAUGUUAGUGAGGGAGCAUCCUCAGUACGUUUACCGCAUCAAGUGCUUGGGAAUGUUAUUCAUCAAAGAAGUCGGGAUGUUACUCUGGCAGCACCAAUUUCUAUUCAGCAGGAGUCGCUGCCAAUGUCCACAAAUGUUGAGAGCUCACCGUUGUUUGAUGUGAUGACCAAAUCUAGAGAGGUGUCCCUUGCGCAGGAGUCCAUACCUGAUUCUGAUUUUCAUGUUGCUAAAACCCUGGAAGAGGCAGCUGAAAACGCUUUCAUAGCUGACCGAUCUGCCGGGGUAGCAAUUUCUCAGUGUGUUGCAGAUCCUCUUCCAUCAUUAGGAGCUUUCGAGAAAGAUGUACCUGAGCAUAUCAAUGAUGCGAAUGUUCAAUCAGGCAAUCAAAUUGAAGAACAGCAGAUUGAAAGGGAAAAAUACAAUGAUGAGGCUCCUACAGUGGUUGAAGCCAAGAAUGUUGAAGUAAGAGGGCAAAGAAAGACUUCUGAGAAGAAGUCCAAGAAGCAAAAAUCUGCCAAGGCACAGUCUUCAAGUGACCAAGCAAAAGGAGCAUCCAAGGCGCAGUCUGAAGCUGAAAAGCCUGUUGUUGGAGAUGCAAAAUUGGAGAGGAGAGGCAACCGAGGCGGUAAGCCUGAAAUUGUUACAGUGGAGGCUGUGGAAUCCCAACAAUCUGAAAAAUUAGAGGCUGUGAAAGGUUCUGGAGAUGAUACGGAACCUCAUGAAAUCAGGGGUGAUUCUAAGUUAGUUGAGUCUGUUUCUGGGCAGAGUACUCAAACACAGAUUGGCCAGCGAGCUUGGAAGCCUGCUCCUGGUUUUAAGGCGAAAUCGUUAUUAGAAAUUCAACAGGAAGAACAGAGGAAGGCACAGACAGAAGUGAUUAUACCUGAGAUCACCAUCAACUCCCCCAGUUUGAUAACUCCUUGGGCCGGGGUUGUAGCCAAUUCAGAACCAAAAAUAUCUAGAGAAACUCCGGUAGAUGCAGAUAUUAAUGACUUAAAUGCUGGGAAGUCCAAAACUUCUCAAAACCCAAAGAGCAAGAAGAGCCCGCUACAUGAUUUAUUAGCAGAUGAGGUUUUGGCCAAGUCUAGUGAAAGAGAUGAUGAAAUUCCUAAUGGUGUGUCAACUCAGCAUUCUUCACAAAUUAUGCCCACCCAUUCAGAAUCUAUAGAUGGCGAUAACUUUAUUGAGGCAAAAGACACCAAAAAGAGUCGCAAAAGGUCAGCAAAAGCAAAGGUUACUGGAACCAAGACCUCAAUAUCAGUUACUGCUGUAGAUGUGCCUGUUAGUUCAAGCCCCACUGAGAAAGUCAAAAGCUCCCGUUCUGUACAGCAGGAAGUAUUGCCUACAAUUCCAUCAGGGCCUUCAUUGGGAGAUUUUGUUCUUUGGAAAGGAGAAACAGCUAACCCUGCUCCUUCUCCAGCAUGGUUUACAGACUCCGGGAAGAUUCCGAAACCCACAUCUUUAAGAGAUAUCCAAAGGGAGCAGGAGAAGAGGGUUGCUGCUGCUCAGCACCAAAAUCAGAUUCCAACUCCACAGAAAUCACAGCCACCUCAAGUCACCCGCAAUAGUGCUCCAUCAUGGUCGCUUUCAGCAUCAUCUCCAUCUAAGGCUGCUUCUCCCAUCGCGAUUAAUUCCCAUGCAUCUCAGUCAAGAAAUAAAGUAGAAGAUGACUUAUUCUGGGGACCAAUUGAUCAAGCAAAGCAAGAAAAUAAGCAGGCAGAUUUUCCUCAUCUUGCAAGCCAGGGCAGUCGGGGAGUGAAAAAUACUCCUGUAAAAGGAACUUCGGCUGGUUCAUUAGGCAGGCAGAAAUCAGUGGGUGGAAAGUCAACCGAGCGAUUACUUUCAUCCUCACCGUCUCAGUCAUCUAUGAAAGGAAAAAGAGAUGCCAUGACCAAGCAAUCAGAAGCCAUGGGCUUCCGAGAUUGGUGCAAGAGCGAGUGCGUGAGGCUUAUUGGCACGAAAGAUACGAGUUUCCUCGAGUUUUGCCUGAAGCAAUCCAAAUCGGAGGCGGAGUUGCUUCUGAAAGAGAACCUAGGGUCGUAUGAUCCCGAUCACGAGUUCAUUGACAAAUUUCUCAACUACAAGGAGUUGCUACCGGCUGAUGUCCUUGAAAUUGCCUUUCAAAAAGGGAAUGACCAAGGGGGGGUCGCUGGGUUCAGCGGCGGAGACAUGAAUUCAUACAGUGCAGAUGUUGGGGAUGUGGACCAAGACGGGUUCUCCAAAGGGGGCGGCAAGAAGAAGGGGAAGAAAGGAAAGAAGGUUAGUCCGGCUGUUUUGGGAUUUAACGUCGUGAGUAACCGCAUCAUGAUGGGUGAGAUCCAGACACUGGAAGAUUAGGGAGGAUGAUGAAGUUCAAAGAUCAGAAGAGGCAGUUGUAAAUAGUUUUUCGGCUUUUGGACUGUAAAUGGAUUUUUACGUUCAUCGGUUUAGGAUUUUUCUUACCUGCCCCCUUUCCUUUAUCCCAUAUUUUCUGGAUCUUCCGUCUUUUGUAGUAGUAGUAGUAAGUGCCAGCCAGCCAACGACAGCAGCAGUGCUAUUUUUUUCUGCUCGAGCGAUUUUGUAUAACCUUAAAUUAUACAGUGGUAAGACUGCCUUAAAUUAUACCCUAUUUUUUCACUUG